AUGCGUCUCUCUGUAAUCACCAUUUUGUCCCUGGCCACGAGCUCGCUCGCUGUAGCCCUCGUGCCCAAGGAUACUGUCACCACUUUGAACCUUGCCGAUAGCCCCGGAGGCGGAGGUGACAAUGGUGAAAGCGCCGACGGCGGCGACAAGGACAAGGGAGGCGAUGAAUGCAAGGGCCACGGAGGUGACAAGCCCGGUGGUGACAAGCCCGGAGGUGACAAGCCCGGAGGUGACAAGCCCGGAGGUGACAAGCCCGGCGGUGACAAGCCCGGUGGUGGAAAGGGUGGUGGCGGUAUGAAGAACUGCAAAAAGUUCAAAAUGAAGGCCAAGGGCACCGCCUCUGGGUGGGUUGGUCAACUUGACAGCGGACAGCUGAGAAUCGGUCUCAAGCCCGUGGAGCUCACCAUGGAGAAGGGCGAGAUUGUCGACAAGGAGAAACGCGGCAUGUGGUGGACGCCCCCUACCGAGACACUUCAGUGUGAUCCGGGCCAAAAGCCUGACAAGGGCUGGUCAGUCGAUUGCGACGGCCGGAUGCGGUUCCAGGACAUGUCGCGCUACUUCCAGUGCGAGGCUGAUAAUAAGACGUAUAACCUCUACAAGAAGAACGACCAGGGCGUUAACUGCGGCGAGAUCACGCUGUACGCUACCGGAUGUGGUGGCCGCGAUGAGGGUGAGAUGCCGGGAGGCGGCAAAGGAGGCAUGCCUUCUGCUCCUGCGAAUGAGACCCAGACUCCUCAGAACAUGACCGGCUCGAAGCCGCCUAUGAAGAGGAGCAUGAGUUCUUGA